CAUUUAUCCUCCAAAUUUCACCAUUUUCAGCGUCUCUCUCUCUCUCUCUCUCUCUGUCUCUCAAGUCACAAAUCCUACAAUGGCAACAGUUACCUUUUCUUUCUCCGCCAAAACCCUAACCCUACCCUAUCACCCAAAAACCCCAAUCUUCAACUUCAACCGGGUAACGAAUCUUUGCCUACCUCAUUCUAUCCGGACCCGAACCCGAACCCGAGCCCGAACCAGCAGCGUGAUUCGGGCGGCGCUGGAUGGGGAAUACUCAUCGAAAAGGAGCAGCAACAGUGAGCAGAGGGAGACGAUAAUGCUACCUGGUUGUGAUUACAACCAUUGGCUGAUUGUGAUGGAGUUUCCUAAGGACCCUGCACCCACACGUGACCAAAUGAUCGACACUUACCUCAAUACUCUUGCCACUGUUUUGGGAAGCAUGGAAGAAGCGAAGAAGAACAUGUAUGCCUUUAGCACCACCACCUACACUGGAUUUCAGUGCACUGUUGAUGAAGCAACAUCUGAGAAAUUCAAGGGUUUGCCUGGGGUUCUUUGGGUACUGCCAGACUCAUAUAUAGAUGUUAAAAACAAAGACUACGGAGGUGACAAAUACAUAAACGGUGAGAUCAUUCCUUGCAAGUACCCAACUUAUCAACCAAAACGUGGCGGGCCAAAGAAUGAGAGUAGAAGGUAUGAAAGACGGAGAGAUGGCCCUCCUCCUGAGCGUAGAAGGCCAAGACAAGAGGCAGAGGCGGCUGCCUCGGAUUCACCCUCUACAUGAGGUGAUUUUCUGUUUUCCUGUGAGCAAUGUAUGCCAAAAGAAAGCAGCUACUUAUCACAGAUCUAUCAUGGGCGUGCUCAUUUAACAAAUAGAAGAUUAUGCUUUUAUUGGAUUCAUAUCAGAUGCAUACAAUGUUUCUUGCAAACUCAAACGGGUAUUUUCACGAUUCAUCUGGAGGAAUAUGAGAUUUUGGACUUGCUUAUCACUCAACCUGUUUGUGUUUUUGUGACAAGUCUUUUUGCGAGUUUCAUUGCAGUUUGAACACUGAAAAGUGAAUGAUAAGAAAUGUAUAAUUUACGUUUAGAUAAUGUGCAUAUUUAGCCUUUUGACAUUAUUUUGAGUAAUCAAUCAAUGAAGCUUUAGGUUAGUCAUGCUGCCUUAAUCCCAGUUUUGAUGUGUUUCAUCUCGCGCCCCUACCCCCCACAAAGCGGUAGAACUUUUUCUUCAUAGUAAUUUGGGAAGGCGAACAAAUUUGUUGGGAAAGGGUGCAACAUUUAGAUAUUUGGUUGAGAUGAUCAUAGGCCA